AAUUCAGUUGAAAAUUUUUUACGCACGCAGAUACAUGCAAUAAAAAUUCGAAUUUCAGUUUUUUCUCUCCGUACCCAUAAAGUAUUCUUCCACAAAAAUAAACGUAACGCGCCGCUACCAUAAAAAGUAUCUUUCACAGCUCGUUACACGCUGUAAUCUACCCAGCAAACGUGCGUAAAAAUUGCAUUCGUUCUCGUAUUUGUGAUCACACAUAUUGCUCCACAAGCCAAGCAAAUUGCCCUUAAGUGUUGCUAAAAGUCUCAAAACCUCGUCGAGAAAAUGAACUCUGAAAACGUCACCGAAUUGAAGAAGCCUGUGCAGGCGGAAGUUGAGGAGAAGCCGAAGGUGGCGCAGGCAGAAAUGCCGAAAACUCCGUCGUUGCCCGUGAGCAGCCUCAUUGGCUUCAACACCGAGGACUUCUUGGCGCGUGUAAAUAUGAACGAGAAGAUCAAUAAUAUUUUACGCUCGCCUACGAAGACACCAAAUGGUGUGCGUCAACGCUCUGUUUUCACCGCUAUAACGCCAUCAUCGUCACGCUUCAAUGCCAGCGCUGCACCUUUCGUCUCGCAGCAACAACGUGCUUCGAUCACUGCCACCAACCCUGGUCCGAUGAGUGGUGGCGUUAUGACGCCCAAGGAGACUUCAACACCAUCGGCUGCACUUCAGGCCCGUCAAAUGCCCAUUCCCGUGCACAUGAGCGCCGCCUCACCACAUCACUAUGGUAGCUAUGAGACGCCGCUUACUGGACGAAGCGGUGGCAUGACGAGAGGUGUUUUCAAUGCUCGUUAUCCUGUGGCACCGCCUCCAUCACCAAUCUAUGGCUUUGAAAAUGACAUGUGUCGGAUGCCCCCAACUAUGUCGCCCUCUCAUCACGCUCAACAAUUUCCUCAACCCAUGCCCCCACCACCAUAUGCAGUGGGUCGGUUGAGCGGCAGUCAUCGUGGUGUUGAGUACGAGAAUCCAACACCACCCCCUUGCCCCGGGGCCGGACCAAUAGCAAUGACUAAUGGCACUAUACAGCUGCGCCUGCGCGAUGGAAUACGCAUCGACAUGACUUUGGAUAAGGCAGUGCGCGUUCUCAAUCAACGCAGCAUGGUAGCUAUUGCCUUGUCACGCAACUGCAGCAACUCAGCGUUGAUUCAUCCAAAUGGACGCAUACUACAAAGUGGCUCUAAGGUGGAGAUUGUGACUUACGACGGCAUGAAAACCAAUAAUUUUGUUCGGUAUGCCAAAAUGUGGUACAAAGGGGUCAGUUUCACUAGCGAAUCUUGCGCUUUGAUCUAUCUCGUAGACACGGCUGGUACACGCACUACCACCGAUACCUUUACCGAUCUCACGAAGGACUACACACUGACGGUAUUUUAUGAUGAUUCACGUCACGGUCCAUCUUAUGUUCAGGAUGCUAAUGAGGUCAUACAGAAUUCGACGUAUUCUUGCACCGAUGAGGGCACCGAAAUCUAUGAAAUUAACGGUUUCCGCAUCACUCAAGCGGCAGAUGGACUUGUGAAAUUAACUCGCACCCAUAACAAAUGUUUGAUCCGCACUAGCCCAGGCAAUGGUUCGGCCACUCUGACCACACCGGGUAUUCAUUGCACGGCUUCGUUGAGCAAAACGUCGCAUUUGUUUGUUCGUCGAAAUGAGAAACGUAUGCACUUCGAUGGUUCCUGUUUCAUAGUACGCAAUGCAGGCCACUCGGCUGGGUUCAACGAGAACAAUUUGUUGAUCGUCUACUAAGAGCGGAAACCUCUUCAACUACGCAUUUGAGCGCAUUUUGCAAAAAAAAAAUAUGAAUUACAACUGCCAAGCUACGAACAAAAAUAACAAA